AUGGAUGUAAUUUUGAACACCUUCAUAGUUUUGGGGAAAAUUUUAUAUUAUUUUCUAGAAUCUUUAGUUUACAAGAUAAUUCCCAAGUCAAAAAAGGAUGUUGCUGGAGAGAUUGUACUUAUAACAGGAGCUGGAAGUGGAAUUGGGAGGCUAAUGGCCAUAAAAUUUGCCAGCCUUGGAGCCAUUUUAGUUCUAUGGGACAUAAAUGAAGAAGGCAACAUGGAAACAUGUAGACUGGCCAAAGAAAAGGGUGGUGAGAAAGUAUUUGCCUAUAAGUGUGACUGUAGCAACAGGCAAGAGGUCUACAGAGUUGCUGAUCAGGUUAAAGAAGAAGUCGGUGACGUGACCAUCCUCAUCAACAAUGCUGGGGUUGUGACGGGGAAACCGUUUCUCAACACUCCGGAUCACAUGGUGGAAAGAUCAUUUCUUGUAAAUGCCUUAUCGCAUUUCUGGACUUGUAAGGCCUUCCUUCCUGCCAUGAUUAAAGCUAACCAUGGUCACUUGGUCUGUAUUUCAAGUGCAGCAGGAGUAAUUGGUAUUAAUGGACUAUCAGAUUAUUGUUCAAGCAAAUUUGCAGCUUUUGGCUUUGCAGAGUCUCUCUUCUUUGAAUUAAAACUAAUAAAGGGAAGUAAACUUAAAACCACCAUUGUUUGCCCAUAUUUCAUCAAAACUGGGAUGUUUGAUGGUGCUACAACCAAGUGCCCAUUACUGUUGCCUAUACUGGAACAGGAGUAUGCAGCCAAAAAAAUUGUAAAUGCUAUUUUAGAAGAACAAGUUUACUUACUAAUGCCCAAAUUUGUGUAUCUUGCAUUGAUCUUUAAACAAAUAUUCUCUCCAAACAUGCUGCUUGCCCUUGCUAAAUGCAGUGGUGUGGCUACUUGCAUGGCCAAUUUCAGAGGGAGAGAGAAAGCCAAUGAAGAUCAGACUGAAACUGAGAAAGAUCACCAAAGCUGA